AUAGUUUCCCAAAAUGACCAAUAAUAAUAAUCCUUUCUUGUUCCAUAACACAGAUUUUUGGGAUGUUGAUUCGGACACUGCCUCCUUUGGGUUCCAAUCAUUGAAAACCAAGAAUGAUUUUGAUGAGCCAUUUCAGGAUUCUUUAUCAUUUGACAUGAUUGACUUCUCAUUAUCAUCAUCAUCAGAAUCAAGAACCCUAAAGAAGGAGAAGAAAUACGAAGAAGAAGAGGAAGAUGGUAAAAGAAGAGGAAGAAGAAGUUACAUAGGAGUUCGAAAGAGGCCAUGGGGAAAAUUCGCAGCGGAAAUUCGAGACACAACAAGGAAUGGAAGAAGGGUUUGGCUUGGAACAUUCGAGAGUGCUGAAGAUGCUGCUUUGGCUUAUGAUCAAGCUGCAUUCUCCAUGAGAGGCUACUCUGCUCUUCUCAACUUUUCUUUCCAGAGGGUCAAAGAUUCUUUGCAAGGAAUCAUCAUGGAUAAUUCUGAUUCCAACAACAAACACAAACCCUUUUCUUCUUCUUCACCUGCACUUGCACUCAAAGAGAGGAACUCCCUCCAAAGAAAAUUGGCAUCAUGGUCCUCAAAGGCUAAUAACAAGAACAUCAAGAACAAAAACAAGGAUUCAUCAUCAUCAUCAUCAUCAUCUAAGGAAUCUUCAUCAACUACUACUACUAAUAGUAAUGGUGGUGUCAUGGUUUUAGAGGAUUUGGGAGUUGAUUAUCUUGAGCAUCUACUAACCAUUUCAGAGUCUCAUCAUCAAAACACAAGCCCUAACUACUAUUGCAACAACAAUGAAAUCUUGUUCCACUCGCCAGGUGCGAUUGUCUACAAUGAUCCAACAAUCAUGUAG